CUGCCUGACCUACAAUUGGACAGCUCGGAUUCUCUUUGGGAGGAGCAUACUGGCAGCAAAAAGGGGGAAAGAAGUUAACAGCGCAAAAGUAUUCUGUAGUGACGGAUGCCCAAAGUUCAUACGUUUUUCAAUGCGCGCCUCAGCACACUGAGAUGGAAACCGCUUAAAUCCUAUUAAGACCUGGUACAGUGCAUUCCUGAUAGUAUUAUUUGUCAAGUGACAAGACAGGAACUCCUGCUUUGAGCGCCUCAACUUUUCAGAAAGAAAAAGUGGAGCUCUCCGUCUGCAUACUUUGGGAAGUUCGUUUUAGGCAGGAGCAUAGUUGAGCUGUGGGGAGAAGACAUGCAGGCGCGCUACUCCGUCUCGAGCCCCAACUCUCUGGGCGUCGUGCCUUACAUUAGUAGCGACCAAAGCUACUACCGGGCCGCCGCCGGUGGAGGAUACACCGGGAUGCCGGCUCCUAUGAGUAUGUACUCUCACGCGGCCCACGACCAGUACCCGGCCAGCAUGGCGCGAGCCUAUGGACCGUAUACCCCGCAGCCCCAGCCGAAGGAUAUGGUGAAACCCCCGUACAGUUACAUUGCGCUCAUUACUAUGGCUAUCCAGAACUCGCCUGACAAGAAGGUGACCCUGAACGGGAUUUAUCAGUUUAUCAUGGAGCGGUUCCCGUUCUACCGAGACAACAAACAGGGCUGGCAGAACAGCAUCAGGCACAAUCUCUCUCUCAAUGAGUGUUUUGUCAAAGUUCCCCGUGAUGACAAAAAGCCUGGCAAGGGGAGCUACUGGACCCUGGACCCGGACUCAUACAACAUGUUCGAGAACGGCAGCUUCUUGAGGAGGAGGCGACGGUUCAAGAAGAAAGACGCAAUGAAAGACAAGGAUGACCGGGGUGCUAAGGAGACGCCGUCUAGACAGGGCCGGGACGCGGAACAGCCCGUGCAGGGCUCCCAGCCAGUCCGGAUCCAGGAUAUUAAGACCGAGAACGGUAACGCGACACCCCCACAGGCCGCCUCGCCCUCCCUGAGCACUGUGCCCAAAGUCGAGAGUCCCGACAGCAGCAGCAGCAGCAUGUCCAGCAACGGCAGCCCCCACAGCAUCCCGUCCAACAGGUCCAUCGGCAUGGAGAGCUCCGAGCAGCAGCAGCAGCACCACCAGCACAGCCAGGCCCAGGGCUUCAGUGUGGACAACAUCAUGACUUCCCUCCGGGGGUCCCCACAGGAUGCCACAGAGCUUGCCCCGUCCCUCAUCGCCUCGUCCAGGACAGGUAUAACACCGUCUUUGUCCCUAAACUAUUCACCGAACCAGACGUCAGUCUAUAGCUCACCCUGUAACCAAAACUCUAUCUCCACUACCUCGAAUGCUAGCUACCAUUGUAAUAUGCAAGCCAUGAGUUUAUACGCCGGGGAUAGAUCUAGCCACCUAGCUCCGACUACCACCGUGGAUGAAACGUUGCCAGAUUACUCCAUCACGACCACCUCCUCCCCUCUGGCCCACGGCAAUCUAAACACUGGGCAGGAGGGCCACCAUCCCCACCAAGGGCGGCUUCCCUCAUGGUACCUCAACCAGGCCGGGGACCUGGGCCACAUCGGGGCGACCUACCCCGCCCAGCAGCAGAACUUCCACUCCGUGCGCGAGAUGUUCGAAUCUCAAAGAAUUGGCUUGAAUAAUUCUCCUGUGAACGGGAAUAACAGCUGUCAAAUGUCAUUUCCCCCUAGCCAAUCCAUCUACCGCACUUCAGGAGCUUUCGUGUAUGACUGCAGCAAGUUCUGACCAAUAAUAAUAAUAAUAAUAAUAUAUCCCAUUUAGCAGACGCUUUUGUCCAAAGCGACUUACAAGUCGGCUGGGGCCACUACUUUUACAUAUGGGUGGUCCCAGCGGGAACCGAACCCACGACGCUUGGCGUUGCAAGCGCCAUGCUCUACCGACUGAGCCACACAGGACCAAAUUAGGUUUUCAUCGUAUUGAUCUUCUUCAUAAAAAUAUCGUGAGUCGUUUUUACCCACCACCUGCCACGACGAUGGACUAAAACGAAACAGAGAACACAAAUAAUGGACAGAUAAAAAAGACAUGAUCUUGGUUUGUAAAGAACAGUGUUAACGGCUAAUAACACGUAAGUCUCUUCUCGCUUUUGUGACAUGUUUUAAAGAUAAGAGUAUGCCAGUCUUUCAUGGACAUAUUAUUACGUGUAAAUUGCAUAUAGUAAUUUAUUUCUAAACUGCCGGAAAUUAUGGACCAAACACCAAAAAGUGUUUCUAAAUUGAAAUGCCUUAAUUGUCCAAAUAUGUUCCAUUAUAAAAAGCGGAACUUGUAUAUCGUCCUACUCUUUCAAAGUGUCUUCUUUUGUUGAAAAGUAUUCUGAAGGAAUUGCAUUGUUUGUUUAAUAAAUUGCCAUUUUAAUUGA